AUGGUUAAAAUAACUGUGUGUUAUCGCUAUCAAGGCGAUGUUACUGUAAGUGCAUUGGGUUAAAAUAUGUACAGGCCUUCUCCAUGACGGAGUCCCGUACAAUGUCUUAGUGUUCCUGCUUUUUAGACCGUCCACCGAGUCGUUGCUGGGAUCACGGUUCUUCUUGCAAUCGCCGUUUCUCUCCUACAUUACACUGAUUGUGGAUAUUGGGGCAUUCUUUAUGGAAUUAGUCUAUUGGUCGGGGCAAUUUGUUUAUUCGUCUCUACUUAUGUAGAAAACUCAUUCCUGUAUUCGAUCUACAAGUAUAUUGCGGUAAGCCGAACAAUUCCCAGGCAAUCAACUUGGAAAAAUUGUCUUUAUUUAGGCCAUAAAUGUAGCCGGAUUGCUAAUACUCGUUACAAGGAUGAUUGUAAACGUUUGUGAAGCAUAUGACGUGAACGAAAGCAUCCCAGAAGAUACGAGGGAACGAAACAAAUUGAUCGGGCCAAUUGUGGUCUUCUGCUCGAUUUCUUGUGGGGUUAUUCUGAUUUGGUGUGCGUUUAUCGUCAUUAAAUCCUGUAAAUUGCAGAAUAAAGAAGAGUGUUUUUGAAUAUUUGAGUUAAAGAAGAGUGUAAUGACUUUCUCUAGCUUGUGGUAUGAGGAAUAAUAAUUUCGUUACAAUGAAUCAUACCAAGUGACCUUUUAGGUGGCAAAAAUUACGUUGAUUAAUGUGUCAUAUCUUCUAGCCUUAAGAGUUUUUGUAAUCAUAUUUCUAAUGAACAACACAAACUAGUCAAGAUCUUUAUUUUUCUUUUUGUUGGCUUUCAAUGGGUAGCAGAAAAAUCAACGUGUGUUUAUGUUGUCACGGCAAUACGACUGUAGGUCAUAUUGAAAGUUUUCGAUGAAAACUAGUUCUUAUUGUAGACCUUUACGUAUACUGUCGGGAUUUUUUCAAUAAUUUACUCGCUAAUUGGAAUUCUUAAAGCAUUUUUUCUGGAAAUAUAUUCGUUAAUUGCGAUGCCUGCAGCAGUGAUAGUAUUGUCUGCAUUGUUAAUUAUUGGGGCUUACAAACGCCAAAGACUUUUGUUUUUGCCAUUUCUUACCGGUAAUGUAAGUGUAAUAUUAAAAAUACUCAAAGAUUUUUUGAUCAUAGAUAUUUUUAUGUGUUUCAGGUAAUAGUCAUCGGAAUUUAUAUGGUUGGUCUAGGAUGUUACUUAUACACUGCUAUCUGUGUAUUUGCCGGGAUCGGAGACGAAAACUUUUACGGAAUUGCUACCGGAAUGGAGAAACAAUCAAUCCCGCUAGUAAUUAUUGCUCUGUUUCUUGCACUCACCUUUGCUGUGUGGAGCGAGCUUGCCGUAUUCGAAGCAUACAAAUCACUCGACCCGAAAAUUAAAGACGAAGAACUUUCAGAGGACUCUGAAGUUUUUGAGCAAGAAACUUGUAAUGAUAACAUUUACAUCUAG